AUGUCUACCGUGCAAGAGCAGACAUCGACAGCCCAUCAUGGGACUGAGACGGCACGGCCAAAGGGCAUCCUCAAACAGUCUCCCAUGUCCAUAUCCACCGUCAGCCCUCGCGCAGACCCGUCGUUAAUGUCGCUCUCGCCCCUGGAGAACAAGGAGCUCACGAUGCAAAAUACGAUGCAAAAUGCCGGCGUGAGCACCAAGCAGCGUGCUCGCGCCUCUUCUCAUCGCAAGUCUACCAGCUCCAGAGCCUCUAAUGGCGACGAAGCCACAGACAGUUCACCUCGACUAAAGUGGGAUGAGGCGAAUCUAUAUCUCACCGAGCAAGAGCGGAGUUCGACCAUGAAGAUCGAUGAGCCCAAGACGCCGUAUGUUCCACACUACGACUACAAUGAAGAGAACGAAGACAUGGAUCUCGGGGAAGACGAAGUUGGGUUCCAUGCCGAAGGGGUUGUGGUGGACGAGCUAGACAUGAACAAGUCACGAGCAGGGAGCAAGGGUAAGUCAAAGGGAGAUGAAAUACCUGAUUUGGAGCUGGGAGAGCCAGAGGAGGAUGCGUGGAAGGAAGUCCGGGCAAGCGAGGCAGAUAGGAUCGUGCGGGAACGAAGUCUGAGCUUUGGAAGCACGGGCAGUAAGAAGCGUGUUGUGGUUGGUGGUGACGAGGAUACCCAUGAUGCUACGAAGGAGGAAGUGCAGAAACAUCAUGAUUUCGAGGAGAAGCGGAAGAAACAUUAUGAGAUGGGCAAUAUUAAGAACUUGCUUGGGCACCCCGAGUACAUAGACGAUGAGGAUGAGGAUGACGAUGAAGAGACAUCUACAGCUGCUCCGAGACAACCUCCGGCCGUCCCAAAGAUCCCAGAACAGUUUGCAAAGCAGUCCCAUUAG